UGCAGCAGCAGGGCUAGCUCACUUGCAUCCGGGCUAACCAGCCAAACAUCCACGGCAUUACCAAGAAGAUGCCCCGUCUUUUAACUUUUUAGCUACUUCCCCCCAGUGCCUCUGAGCCUGAGGACACUGUUAUGGUGGCGGAGAAUGGAAACGGACGACGUGUCGGUUAGGGAGCAACUUUUCCACAACCGUGUCCGGGAGACCAUAAUCUGUGUGCUCCUGUUUUCAUGCCUUUACAUGGUGUCCUACCUCAUACUUACCCACUUCAAGAAGACUGCAGAGUUUAUCACAGAUGAUAUUGAAGAUGCCACCGUCAACAAAAUUGCGCUGUGGUUGUGUACGUUCACCCUGUCUGUCGCAGUGUGUGCUGUGCUCCUUCUCCCCAUCUCAAUUCUGUCCAACGAGGUGCUGCUCACCUUCCCACAAAGCUACUACAUGCAGUGGCUCAAUGGAUCUCUCAUCCACGGCUUGUGGAACCUAGUUUUCCUCUUCUCCAAUUUGUCCCUGGUCUUCCUCAUGCCCUUUGCCUACUUCUUCACGGAGUCUGAGGGAUUCGCAGGGUCCAAAAAGGGGGUGAUGGCACGAGUGUAUGAAGCAGUCGUGCUGCUGUUGCUGCUGGCUCUGCUUGUGCUGGGCAUCGUGUGGGUGGCAUCAGCGCUCCUCCAUGACAACAUGGCCAGGAAGAGUCUCUACGACCUGUGGGAGUAUUACCUUCCCUACUUGUACUCAGGCAUCUCUCUGUUUGGAGUGUUGCUGCUUUUGUUGUGCACUCCUUUUGGGUUGUCCCGGAUGUUCAGUGUAACUGGCAGCUUAUUGGUCAAACCCCGGCUGUUGGAAGAUGUAGAAGACACUCUGAGCUGCACCUCAUUUGAAGAAGACUAUCUCUCCAGGAAACUGAAAUGUGGCGGUACGUCAUGCUGGGUCAAGCUGAACAUGGAGGUGAUGAAAAAAGAGUACCAGACAGCCCGGAGCAAGCGCAUCGCCCUGGAGAUGCGUAGGAAAGCGUCCCCAUGGCAGCGAAACCUGGGUUAUCCACUGGCCAUGCUUGUGCUCCUAGCACUGACGGUGAUGUGUGUACUGAUGGUCUGUUUCAAUGUGUUGGAGUUGCUCCUCGAUGAGACGGCUAUGCCCAGAGGAAUGGAGGACCCUCACCUGGGGAUGGCCUCUUUCUCCAUGUUCGGCUCACUGGGCGCUGCAGUUCAAGUAGUCCUUAUCCUCUACCUGAUGGUGUCCUCAGUGGUGGGUUUCUAUAGCUCUCCUCUGUUCACUAGCCUGCUGCCUCGUGCACAGGACACCAACCUCACACAGAUAAUUGCAAACUGUGUUUCACUUCUUAUCCUGAGCUCAGCACUUCCAGUCUUUUCACGCACACUUGGGAUCACCCGUUUCGAUCUACUGGGAGACUUUGGUCGGUAUAACUGGCUUGGGAACUUCUACAUCGUCUUUAUGUACAACAUGAUGUUUGCUGGUCUCACCUCUGCCUCCCUGAUCAAGACUGUCACCUGGGCAGUACAGAGAGAGCUCAUCCGUGCCUUUGGUCUCCACAGACUGCCCUUAACUGUGUCACGCUCCACCGUCCCCUUCAGACUCCUCCUGGCCAGUGGACUGUCUAAAAUCCAGUGACUUUUUUUUCUCCUCACCACUGCCUCUCUUAACCUUUAGAAAGUGAGCCACUUCAAAUGUGUACCUAUUGGAUUAAAGGCAUUUGCAAUUCAGUCCCUUUGCCAGCUGGUACAAGGGUUAGGUCGGCCUGUGUGAAGAGACUUGAAGGAGACAAGUCUGUCCGCACUGUGUCCAGUGGGAGCUUUGCUUGAAGUUGUGUUUCAUGACCAAUAUAUCAGGGUCCAAUUUUUUUUUUUGUAGGUAUUUGACUGCAAGGACAGCUACUGGUACAAGCGGCUAGCUGAGUCAUGGUUAUGACUGGAACACGGGGAACAGGGAUUAAAGCCAUAUCGGCAGUGCUGCCAUGGUGGACACUGACAAAACAAUCCCCCCAUAGAGGAUCUAUUGGAUAGCCGUUACUCUGAUGACACAUGUGAAAGUCAGCAGAGUUAUUUUGAAAUAUUAUGCUGUAGCUGUGACAUAAUUUCCUCUUCCUGCUCUAGGUCGAUUUGAGUGUUCACUCUUUCUCAGUGGCUUCCCCACGCUUUCCUCUCCUAGGUUGUACCACUAUUUUAAGAUUGGGAAUCUUACUUCCAUGUGUUUGGUGGUCCAGUCUGUACCAAUGUCAGUAAAUGAGAGGAAGUUGUUAUUGGGAGUAACUAGGACACAAAGUACUUUUUCUAUCUAUGGAUCCACAGGUUACACAGAGAAUAUGAGGUUGAAGUAAUAGUCUGGGCUACUUACAGUUGUAGAAUAAAACGCAUUUUCUGUGGUGGUUUGUCACUGAGCAGGGUUUUACUUUUGUACUUUUGAUGACAGUAAGCUUACUGAGUCACAGUAUUACUCUUUGAUUUUGAAAAAUACACUAAAAAGAAAGCUUUACACUUUGUCUUAUGCAAGACCUUUGAAUGCCAUGUGACACUCACUAGGAGAAACUCGUGCCUUAGACCAAUCAAACUGUGAAUUAUUAAGAAUUUGUGUGGGGAAAGUGCAAUAUGUUAUAAGUAAAACUUUUAACCUUUUAACUUCACUGAAAGUAAUUUCUGCUUUUGGUAAUGUUUCAAUUUCUGUCAAGUAUUUUUCAUCUCCGCCCUAUUGUCUUGGUGAAUGUUUAGAAUAAUUUUGGAAUAUUUUCAAAAAGCAAAUGUGACAUCAAUUCAUGCAAUCUUUUCUGGUGUCCCUUUUUUUAAUUUUUUUUUUUUCUGAUAACGUACAUUUUAUUGUUUUAUCAGCUGUAUCUCAUCAUUCUCAGUGUGUUGGUGAUCCUGUGUCACCUUUUGCCUUUGCUGCUGUAUCAGCAGGUUAUUAGAUGUUAGUUUGACCAGCAGGGGACAGUGUCUCUCAAACCCAACAUCAGCCUCGGUGUUGUGUGGGGGUCCCUCUCUCUGGUUAGUUAUUAUAUAGAUAUUAUGUAUGGAGCACUCUGAGGUUUACUCAUUUCACUUUUUCUGGGAAUUUUCUUUUGGUUUUUGGGAACAAAAAGUUUAUAAUGUAUUGUUUUUUUUAUCAUUAUUUAUGGGCAUUUCGGGAUCUAUACUUCACAUGUCGAGUCAUUACUUAAAGGAUUUGAACAGUUGUUAAAAAUGUUGAAUGUGAUACAGUUGAGACAAAUCUUUAGAGUUGUUCUCAAAGAUUAAAAAAAAAUAGUGUUGAUUGUUUACUUUUAAGAUGCUCUAGUGUUUCAGAUUUUCUUAAAACUGAAUUUUUAACCAUCAUUGUUUUAUGAGCAGAAAGCAAUAAAAUUGUCUCAUGUUUUUAA